GCAUUUCUGAUAUGUUCAUGGUCCACGUUACACACCCAUUAAUUCUUUUUACUUAAUUUAUAUAUCUUCAAAAUUUAAAUUUAAUAAUCCAAAUUAUAUACAUAUAUUUUGGCGGUGCAUAUAAUUUUAUAUUCAUUUCCAUUUCCUUGAAUUCAUAAUCAUAUUCCUAAUUCAAUCCGCCUGGGAAUUUUUCUCACCUAAACAGAACAAAAAUCACCGAAUAAAAAGAAAAUAAAUACACACAAAUUAACUUUAAAAAUCUUGAAUUUCUGAAAAUUUAUGUAAAUUGCACAAAAAUUUAUAAUCUUUCAAAGCAUUCCCAUCUGGGUUUCCUCCAAUUUCAGGAAUUUGCAGGAAAUGGGCAAAAAGAUUGAUAAUAAUAAUAAGGAUGAUGGAGGAGUAUUAUUGACAAAAGAAGAAGGAAAAGGGAAGAAAUUAUGGAAAAAAGUGAAGUAUCAGUUAGUUGAAUAUCAUUCAUUGCCUGCUUAUAUGAAAGAUAAUGAAUUUAUAUUAGGUCAUUAUAGAGCUGAAUGGCCUCUCAAGCAGAUUUUUUUCAGCAUUUUUACUCUUCAUAAUGAGACCCUUAAUGUUUGGACACACUUGAUUGGGUUCUUCCUCUUCCUAACCCUAACAAUUUAUAGCGCAAAAAGUGUAGUUGAUCUCCCUACCCUAAAACAUUUACCAGAUGUAUUAAGGAGAGCAGAUUUGCAUAAACUUCGUGAAGACCUUUUGACUUGUAUUCCUUCUUUGCCAAAUAUGCCUAAUUUGCACAAACUUCAUUCAGAGAUAAAGACUUCAUUCCCUGCAUCAGCAGAUUUCUUGCCAUCAUUAUCUAAUUGGCAUAUCGUGGAAGUCCUGUGUAAUUGUUUACCUGAGCGGUUCUCCCAUAGCAACCAUACCGAUGUUUGUGUUCUGCGUAGCAUGAAGGAGGAUGUGGCGAACUUAAUAGCACCACUAAUGACUCGGCCCAUCACACGCUGGCCAUUCUUUGCCUUCUUGGGUGGGGCCAUGUUCUGUCUUCUAGCAAGCAGCUUAUGCCACUUGCUCUGCUGUCACUCCAAGCGGCUAUCCUACAUCAUGCUCAGACUUGAUUAUGCAGGCAUUGCCGCCUUAAUUUCCACCUCCUUUUACCCACCAGUCUACUACUCCUUCAUGUGCCAUCCUUUCUUCUGCAAUCUUUACUUAGGAUUCAUAACUGUUUUGGGAAUCACCACCAUCAUGGUCUCACUUUUACCUGUGUUCGACCGACCAGAAUAUCGUAACAUUAGGACGGGGUUAUUUCUCGGGAUGGGCUUGUCAGGCGCAGGACCAAUCUUUCAUAAGCUUAUCUUGUUCUGGAAUCAGCCAGAGGCUGUACAUACUACCGGAUAUGAAAUCUUGAUGGGUACUUUUUAUGGAAUUGGUAGCUUAAUUUAUGCAACAAGAAUUCCAGAGAGAUGGAUGCCGGGGAAAUUUGAUAUUGCUGGCCACAGUCACAACCUUUUUCAUGUGCUGGUGGUGGCGGGAGCUUACACUCAUUAUCGGGCAGGGCUGGUGUAUUUGAAAUGGAGAGAUAUGGAAGGGUGUUUAUGAAAAAAGUAGAUACUGGAAUAAAUUUGCAGACAUGAUAAUGUAAUGUAUGUUGUAAGGCAGCACUAUGUUGUGUAAUAUAGCAUAAAAGUCUGCAGCAAGAAUAAAAUGGCAAGUUUUAUGAA